AUGACUCGAGAGCUCGCUUCCAUCAUCACAGCGGCUGCCGCUCUUGUCGACUGGCUAUGGGGCCUCAUCCUCCCCUCUGCCCCUCCCUCUCUUCCUCACAACCCCGUUCUGCGCCAACGAACACCCCCCUGCCGCCCUCCCUGCCGCCCCCACUGCUACUGCUCCCCCUGCUUCAGAGGCGCGGACGUGAGUGUGGAGGGGCUGCACAAGGGGUACACGCACGUGUUCAUCACCACCUUUGACGACGCCAAGGGGCGUGAUGCGUACGUGGAGGAUCCGGCGCACAAGGAGUACGCGGGGGUGCUCUUCCAGGGGCUGGAGGACGGCAUCGUGCUCGACUAUGUGCCCUCUGUCGCCCUCUCCCGCUUCUUCUCCUGA